AUGCCGAAUCCCUCAGCUGGCCCUUUCUGGGGCCCCCCAACCGCCCAUGCAAAUUUCUGUGAAGAAGACUACAUCGUGUCUCGAUAUAUCGCCGAGUUCAUCAAUACCUUGUCAAACUUCACUUAUAUAUUUUACGGAAUAUAUGGACUCCGUAAACUACGACACACCGGUAUAUUCGAUUUAUCCAGAUGCUUUCCUUAUUGGGGACUCAUUGCCGUCGGCAUAUGUUCAAGUGCAUUCCACAUCAGUUUGAAAUAUCACACUCAAAUGCUAGAUGAUCUUUCUAUGCUUUUUACAACGACACCGAUCCUUCAUCGCGUUUUGACGGCUAAUGCUACAAAGAAGAAUACCCAGCGCACAGGUCUUCUACUUGGGGGUCUUCUAUUGGCUUUUGUGAUUUACCACGUGAAGACUGAUGAGCUCAUCGUUCAUUCGUCAUUGUUUGUUAGUUCUAUUUUAAUCAUCGGAAUUCGAACAUUUCAGUUGAUACAGCUUAAGACGGCGGAGGGCUCUCCCGCUAGAAAGCAGAUUUGGGGGGUUGUCAGAUUCGGAGCCUUCAUUUUCAACGUUGGCUUUUAUAUCUGGUUAAUCGAUGGGUGGAUCUGCGAUUCUUUGAGGGAUACUCGACGCAUGAUCGGUACUCCUUUGGCAUACCUGCUUGAACUUCAUGGCUGGUGGCAUAUAUUCACAGCCGUCGGUGCUUAUAUUUUCAUUGUGGUUAUUGAUCAACUACUCUCCGAGGAAAGUAACAUCGAAAUCGCUGAAUCCAUCGCCUGGCCAGCCUCAUGGGCGUCCAAAUCUAUCUUCGCAGGCAGGAUUACCGACGAUGGAAGUGCGAAUAAGAAAAUAUCAUAG